AUGCCCUCGCACCCAUUUCUGUUGACCGAUGAAGGCACCGUGGACCCUUGGUGGCUUCACAACUGGCCAGUUGGUGGGGUUGCUUUGGUCCUCGGAGGCUCCGUGGACAUUCGCAAGGUGCGCAAAGAGGUGAAGAAGCCGCUUCGAAGUCAAGAUGUGUCGAUUCACAUCUUACAUGCAACUCUUUGGGGUGAGAAGUUCAGAAAGUUCAAACCCAAAGGACGUUUUCUGCUUCUAGCUACAGAGACUUUGUUCCGCAAGAAGUAUUCUUCCCUGCGCAAUAUGCUGUGGGUGGUGUUCGACAUGUGCGAGAAACAUGAACGCCAAACACCUCAAAUCCAUACCACCGAAAUGGAUUUUUUGCGGCAGUUCGGUCACUGUGAAGUCCAAGUGACAGUCGAUAUUACAAGAGGAGAACAGAAGCGCCGCAAGGAUCUGCUGUUUGAUGAAAACAGCGGGCGGUGCCGCUACCGGCCGAAGAGAGAAGUGAAUGAUGACUCCAUGGCCGACACAAACCUUCUAGACUGUGAGAUUUGGAGAAUUUGUGGACGCGAAGACUUUGUGGGGUUUCCAUUGCCAGGAGUUCAUCCCGAUGAUGCCUUUUGGGAUUACCUCUUUGGAUGGAGCACAGAUCGAGGAACCUUUCAAACUCAUUCCGAGGACCGGUUGGGUUUCAACAGCCUUCCCAUCAAUUUCCUCUUGCGGGAAGCUACGAGUGGGAAUCAGCCACAGAAACGCCUGGCAGCCAUUCUGAUGGUUGCAGCAGUGCAAUUGGUCUCAUCUCGCGGUUUUGCGCCCGUUUUCCAGCACGGCCGCACACUGGCAUUUGACAGUCACACCGUUUGGGAUAUGACAGAGACAGCUGUCUUUCUGGAUUGCUUUCUGACCGGAGGUGGAAGAUGGUCGAAAGAGGCCACGUUGACAUCCUUAGCAUGGCAGUAUGUGUUCCAGCGCCGUCAAUGUGUUUGGGAGCUUCGGAAUUUGGACGGGAGGACUGUCCAGGAUUAUCUUGACGGGGAAGUUGAGUUGCGAUGGAAGCUUCAAUCACUGCUGGAAGAACUCUUGCGGAUCAUGGACGAUUUCCACCUUCGCUUGCGAGAUGAACUCAAAGCUUGGUGUGAAAAGUGGAAUUUGCCGCACCUGAGCGACGACCCAUCAAUCCUCGACGCUCCACAUGGCCCCAGUGGUGAGGUUUUGGAGAAGGUCAUGCAACAAGCAGCCACGAAGGCGCACAGGGUCCACACACCCGAUGAUGUUCCGCCAUUCAACUUUGUGGUCCCUAUGUGUGAGAUCAGAAGACCACGUUGGCUGCGCUUGGCCGAAGAACCAAAUGGCCAUUUUGAAGUCCGCUUUGACGGGGACUCUUCAGCAUUUGAGCGGGUCCACCGUCGUCACUUCCCAGGCAAGGGUGGAGUUCAAGGCAGAAUCUUCAACCCAGACUCCCAGAAAGGAAAGAGAUUACUGGCAUCGGUGAUGUUUCUCAACCUUUUGCUUGACCACGACCAGGACCUAGAUGAGGAGGAGUGGUGGCAGUGGCAACUUCAUAGAUGGCACGUGCGAGAAGAUCCGCAAGUGAUGUACAAGUUUCAGCAAUGCGCUCAUGGCUCCUCGGGCCAGUGUACCAUCCGUUUUCCGACGACGCCCAUGGGGUUCUUUGCGCCAGGGGACUGCAAGGCGGACUGCCCACGCUACAAGCUGUCUGAGGGCUAUGAAAUUGUGGGUGAUGAAGACGCACAGAACGUGGUGAGCUUCACCCAGUCCAAGGACCGGUCGGACCGCGCAGCGCGAAGCGACCGUGCCGGCGAAGCGGCGCGAGAGGGCGGUGGCUUCCCGGAGCCACAGGUGGAUGGCAUUGCGGAACUUCAGCUGCAGAAAGUGGCCCUGAAAGCCGUGGCAGCCGUGGAAGCUUUAGAUCGCAGUCUUCUCAACAUCACAGGUGUGAACCAUGGCAUCUCGAUUGGCAUUCGAUGCGUCGACGGCUAUGGACGCGUGCCGGGCGCCGUCGAACGGGUGGAGUGCAAUGACGGACAAUGGAGUUCGCUGUCGUUGUUUUGCGCCAAAGACUGUCGACCCUUCAACACGAGCUUUCGGGUGAUCAUGGACAUGUCGCGCUCGGGCGAUCCGAGCAGCGAAGGGAGCUCGACGACGCCCGAUUCCCCGCACGGACGGGAGAGCAAGCUGGAUGCAGGAAGCGACAAGGAGAAGAAACGUGGAGAAGUGACCUGCGACAACGGCCGCUGGAUCUUCUCGGAACUCCGCUGCUUCCGCGACUGCGCGGCCUACGUGCCAGGGCGCCAGUACUCCGCUUUGAUCCCCGGAGCCUUGGCCUCCCAACGGAAUCGCAGCGUGCCACACGGAACGCAGCUCUUGGCCACGCAAUGCUUCGAAGAUUGUCCAUCAUGGCCAAUGCGCCAACACAUGGUUCGAGACAGUGGUGGUGGCUUGCGAGUUGGUUCCUUGCUGCGCUUGGCCUGUGGCGAAAAGCCCGACAUUUCCAUCCGCUGUGGCAUCCGAGGACAGCACAUAGCAACAUGGUUGGAUGGAGAACUCCCACUGACUCCUGCUUCACGUUCUGACCCAUUUCCUUCCACUCUCAGGGCAUUCUCCAAGAUGUGCCCCAGCAGCUUUGCCAAUACACGCGAAGCGGUGAUGAACAUGACCUUCUGGGCCAAGCUGUCGGAUGACGAGCGAGCCAUGUUCAUGAUCUUGGCCCUGGGAUGCUUUGGAUCGUUGUGUGGUUUGGCGUGCACCUACUUCCUCUCACCCUAUGUGCCGGACGAGCCCGACGGCGAGGGCGAGGGGGAAGCCGAUGCGGAGAGCGCGGAAGGAGAGGUCGAGGACCCCAGCCAUCCGGGCUUGCGACGCUUCAAUUUGCUCACGGGUGAAGUGGAGAGGUCGACAUCCCGAUCCACUAGAGGCAUGGCGAUGGCAUGGGGGCCAUGCCGUGUCUCCAAGGCCAGCCGCCUGGCAGGUUACUUGCAGGAUGCAAGUCCUCAACCGACCGGUUGUGCGAAUUGCGACAAAGCGGCUACACAUGUUUGCUUUCCCUGCAGUCACCUUUGCUUGUGUGUGACCUGUGCGGAUGAUCUCCUUCGGAGCACUGGACGAGCGUUCCAAGAGCUGGGGCCAGCGAGAGAGGUGCGAGAAGAGCGGAUUGAUUCACAUCGAGGAUCGCUUAGCAUGGAUGAACAGCCCUGUUGCCCCCUCUGUGGCCAGUUUGUUUUUUGCGUGAUUGACGCAAAGCCAGCAACUUGGCGAACAGCGUGA